ACACGCAAUUCAAAACCCCCCUCUCCAAGAAUAAAAGUGCAGAAAGGCUACCCUCCCCAAAUACCGACAAAUAGCAACUAAUAUACUACGAAUCUUCUUGUUCAAAUUACAUGCUAUAUAAAAUGAACAGAACCCACCACCACCAUUCCCACACAUAAUACCUUCAUCAAAAGCUAACAAUGGCUACCGCCACCAAUAGAUUGUUCCGUACAUCAAACAAGCCAUUCGGUCAUGUUUUCUCUUCUUCUUCAUGGCCUUCAUCGCCGGUGAAAACCAUGAGGUACACAACAAGCAAGGGAAGAGUUGAUAAUAAGAAAAUUUGUGGGAAUAAUGAGAGGAAACCGCCGGCGGUUUUCAAGUCUUCGGCGGGCACUACGACGGUGGAAACGGCAGCCGACAUAAAGAGAGCUGAUUGGGGGAGAGAGUUGACUUCUUUCAUGGUGAAGGCUGUGAAUGGCAUGCGUGAGAUGGUUAUAAAGCCGGUGUUGAAACUAAGACCUUGGAGAUUUCAUGUUCAAAUGGUCAUUGAAAAUGGUAUCCUUAAUUGUAGAUUCUUCACCAUGUUUGCUGUUGUGGGAUCUUUGCUUGGAUCUAUAUUGUGUUUCAUGGAGGGAAGCUUUCUCAUUGUGGAGUCAUAUUUACAGUAUUUCCAUAGCUUAUUAUCAAAAAAGUUGGAUCAAGAACAUAUCAUCCACCUUCUAAUCGAAGCCAUCGAUAUGUUCUUGGUUGGAACCGCCAUGCUUAUUUUUGGGAUGGGGCUUUACAUCAUGUUUGUGGGUUCCAAGACUUCGAAAGGAGGUGCUCCACUUCCAAGAUCUAAUUUGUUUGGUCUCUUCCAUUGGAAGACACUCCCAGCUUGGGUUGAAAUGAAAUCAAUUUCACAAGCAAAGUCAAAAAUUGGGCAUGCCAUCUUGAUGAUACUUCAAGUUGGAGUUUUGGAGAAAUUCAAGGGCAUACCAAUUGUUACAAGCUUGGACCUUGCCUGCUUUGCUGCUUCAGUAUUUGUUUCCUCAGCUUGUAUAUUCCUUCUGUCCAAGCUUUCAGUCGGCACCAGCAUGGGAGAUUAGAUUGGCACCCCACGUAUACUAUAUAUACUGAUCAUACAUUCACAGAAGAAAAAAAAAUAUACCUUUUAUUCUUUUGAUCAUAAUUCAUUUAUAAGUAAUAUAUAUAUAUAUAUAGAGAGAGAGAGAGAGAGAGAGAUGGUUAGCCAACACCAACUUGUGGUUGAUUUUUACCCCCUUCUAUUAAAAUCAUGGGUAGGGGGCAAUAUGUGAUUCAUUGUAAAGGAAUCUCUAUUUAAUAAUCAAUUUUAUGGAUUAUAUAUUUCUUUGA